CCUCUGCGAGCAGCAAGCGGGCCCGGGAGGCAGACGGCAUCCAGGGACCCUCAAGGUCAUCGGGGGCGCGGCGUGUGCGCUCGGCAUGGCGGACGACAGCGGCGACGCGGCCGGGGAGCCCAGGCCCGCGGCCAACCCGGUCCGACGGCGCUCCUCCGCCAACUACCGCGCCUACGCCAAGGAGCCGCACGCCAAGAAGAAGUCUAAGAUCUCCGCCUCAAGAAAGCUGCAGCUGAAGACCCUGAUGCUGCAGAUGGCCAAGCAGGAGAUAGAGCGCGAGGCGGAGGAGCGACGCGGGGAGAAGGGGCGGGCGCUGGGCACGCGCUGCCAGCCCCUGGAGCUGGACGGGCUGGGCAUGGCUGAGCUGCAGGACUUGUGCCGGAAGCUGCAUGCCCGCAUGGACAAGGUGGACGAGGAGAGAUAUGACGUGGAGACAAAAGUCACCAAGAACGUCUCCGAGAUAGCGGACCUGACUCAGAAGAUCUACGACCUCCGGGGCAAGUUCAAGCGGCCCACCCUGCGCAGGGUGCGCAUCUCUGCGGACGCCAUGAUGCAGGCGCUGCUGGGCACGCGGGCCAAGGAGUCGCUGGACCUGCGGGCUCACCUCAAGCAGGUGAAGAAGGAGGACACGGAGAAGGAGAACCGGGAGGUUGGAGACUGGCGCAAGAACAUCGACGCGCUGAGCGGCAUGGAAGGCCGCAAGAAGAAGUUUGAGGGCUGAGGCCCCAGAGGGUCCUGUGGAAUAAAGCUUCUCUCUGAGCUGCA